AUGCCAACAACCUUAAGACGAAUAAUAGAUUACACUAAUCGAACGAUUGCAAGUCCGCUAUCCAGAUACGCAGCACUAAUAUUACUGGUGGCCGUCAUCUUUGCGUUAUACUUUGUCAUAAAUCAUCAAGUAUCAAAGCCAUACGGUACCGGACCAUCGAUAAUAAGCGGAGAUGUUGCUAUCAAUUCCACCGCACAUUCACCAAACACGGCACCGUCCGAUGAUUCAGCGGCGAUGAAUGACGUUUUAAACAUCACCAAUCAAGCCACAUAUGAUCCGAACAACGGAAGUGUGAAGCAACUGGGAAACUACACAAAUCAAAUACAAGGAUUCCUCUAUGAUCGUGGUGAUGGUUGUUCCAGUAAUGUGUCGAACGUUGAGGGUGUCAUUCCCGAAAUUCCCCUACCCGCCUAUUAUCGACAAUACAGAAUUGGCUUGAUAUCCGCAGACACUUCAGGAUGCAGUAUCUCGGAAAAGAUAAGUAACUCAAUAUUCGACCGCGACAUCGGAAUCAUAUUUUGGAUGUCGAAUGAUCAAGAUUUACCCAAUGUCAACCAAACGAUACCUGUAUUCUCCGUAAACCUUAACACUUCGAUACAAUUGAAAAAUGAAUUACGAAAUUUAUACCGUCAAUUUAAUAGCGGUUCUUCCGUUUACCAAGCCCUGGGGAUAGAUAUGGUACCUUUUUACCCAAUGACGCCUAACUUUUGGUUGGUAUCAAUGAUCUCUGUGGCAGGAGUUUUGAUAUUGUCAUUCCUUGUUUCGAUAAUCUUACACGUGAGAAUCAAUCGGGAGCGAAGGCGGCGAAUAGAGAGAGCCAGAAUGCAGAGAAAUGUUGAUGAAUCAUUGGGAAUGAAAAAAUGGACAUUGGAUAAAGAGGUGGUUGAAAAAUUUCCAGUUAUCAUCUAUUCAAAAAAGAUCACACCCGCCGAGACCGAGACGGACGAAAAGAGGUCGUCGGCGGACGUGACCGAAAGCGCCAUGUUAGAAGGUAAAAACGAAGGAAAAGAGGAAACCGAUGGUAUGGAUGAUAUUGACGAAGAUGAAGAACAAUCUCGGAAUAAAUUAUCCAGAAAGGCGUCCACCCGAUCAACCAGAUCCCAACGAUCCUUAAGGGCCAUUGAUAAUGCAGCCAUAAUUUAUUCGUCACCGAACGCAGACACCACCAGUUCCGAUCACAUCUCGAACUCCGAGACCAGAGAAACUUGUGCCAUAUGUUUGGAUGAUUUCGAUGACGGCGAUGAGAUACGCGAGCUGCCCUGUCGUCAUUGGUAUCACGUGGAAUGCAUCGACCCAUGGUUGACCAUGAAGAGUAGCUCGUGUCCGUUGUGUAAAAAAGACUGCAAGCCUGAGGAUGUAGAGGGGAACACGGAAGUAAGCAUACAAGUGGUAAGAGAGAGGGAAUUAGAGGCGUCGCAAGUGGUCAAUAGUCAAAACCGGACAUCAAGUUCUUCUUCAACUUCAUCGAGGGCGAAAAGUGUAAUGCACUUCAUGAAUAACUUAUUCAGACCAAGUCAAAGAUCCCCGAGGCAACAAGAGACCGCCGACGAGAGAGGAGGUGGAAAUUCAUAUUCAGAAAUGGAGGCUGCUCAUACAUCUGGAAAUGUAUGA